GUCACAAAUCAAGACGGCAAAUCCAUAUAUAAGGAGCAAUCGUUAUCGGCCAGAUCAUCCUUUACCUUUCCUUUACCGUGUACUAUAUUUCUUCGGGAAGAGACUUUCUUGAUUGUCCCAGGGCUGAGUGGUGACUUAUUGGGGUUGGCCCUUUGCUCGGUUCAGUGGUCCUAACAGUCAAGACCCAAAAACCGUGACGACCUUUAAUGUGUGUGAAUCAGUGGUCACAACAGUCAAGACUAAACCGUGACGACCUUUAAUUUGUGUAAAUUUAGUCCUGGAAGAUCAUGGAGAAAGGAAGGCGAUAUGGGUUUUUAUCAUUAUUUCCUGGAACUAUGCGUUGAAAUAACUAUAUAGCCCAAGGAAUAUUUCAAUGGAGUCGAUGAUGCAUGUCGUAUUUUCACACACCCCGUGAUCCACGUGAUUACUGUCAAGAGCCAGAAGAAACUUCAAGACGUUUACUGGCCAAGCCAUCUUUUCCAUUGUUACCCAUUGAUUCUUAGGCCAUAAACGUUGUUGCAAUCAGAGGGGGAUACCUCCGUUCUUCUGGUAAACGUUACUUGGUUCUUUUCUUGCCAGUACGGAAUUCUUCAUAAGAAACCAAUGGGUCAGCAGAUGGACAAACAGAGCAUGUGCAGCUUGUUAUCGAAGCCAUUUGGGCAUUUUUUCGCACGUUGCCUAGCCUUUGUCGCCUUUGUUUUGGUAGGAAUUGAAUUCAUCGACUUUGCAACUUCCUUCGGAAGAUAUGCCCGCAAAAUUCAAAAUUUGGACUUGUCUAUUGUCGAUACUUGCUCGGAAGAAUUCCGGGAUUUACGCGAGCUGAGUUCAAGGAUAGUAGGCGUGCAGGAUUUCUUGCGAGAACCUAACUCCAUCAUUCGUCGGGAUGCGGUUCUGGUAAUCGGAGCUCCCGGAAUGUUAUCGGAGAGCGUCGGCAGACUUCUCGGGCAAGGUUCGGAAGCGCUAUACUUGCCGGAUAUUCUCCGCCCAAUGUCGUAUUACAUGAAGUACGUGCCUACGGUUGGCUACCCUCUUCUGGAUGUUCUAUUGGAUAAUUUAUUCAGAUGCCGUUUCAAAGAAAGUGAACUUCUACUUUCAAACGUUACAAAUGAAAGUAUUCGAAGGCACAAAUCCGCGAGUUUUGCAUCGUGUUUUCUGAAUGCAACCCACCGAGAUAAAAAGCCUUCUGAUUGGCUCACAUGUUCAUGUCGCCAUAGUAACCUCGUUGUGGCGCAGUCUGUCUUCGUGAAUUCCUUGUCCGAUCUUACGUCAAUAUCUCAGAACAGCGUCAAACCAUACCGCUUGAAACUUGUCCACGUAGUACGGGAUCCCCGGGAAGUUAUAAACUCGCUGCUAACGAGUUAUAGCACGCUUGAAACGAGUAAUCACUCGCGCCAUUUCGAUGUCAAAACGACUGCGUAUCGAUUGUGCAUGCGUAUGCUAUUGAAUAUGAAUAGCGAGCUUCCUCCUGAUCGAUACAAACUCGUGUCUGUCGAACGACUGUUAUCGGACACCUCUUACCUUCGGGAAUUGUUUCAGUUCGCAGGAGUUCGGGUGAAAGAGACUAUGUUUCUGCCACAUCAUAAGGCAAACACGCUCGCCAAUGUUGGGCUGACCAGCAACACGUUACAUCAUUGGAGGAGAGAGAUGAAGCUUGAGCAUGCGCAGAUAGUUGAGAAGGAGUGUGGCCGUGUUAUGAAGUUGCAGGGACUUUAAGGUGGCUUAUAUGACUAUUGAUACCUAAUAGAAGUGUGAUGCCUCUUCUACGUGUGGCCGCUUUAUGAAGUCGAAAGGUUCAAGAAAGACAAAUUCCUCGUGCUUAUAAUAAUCUUCCAGACCCGUAGCAGGGGGUGGGGCACUGGGUGGGGCACGUUCCCCCUCCCCCUCAAUAUUUUCAAAAAGUAUAAGGAAAUGAGCGGUAGGGGCGUGGCCG